AUGUCGUCGCAGAACAUGAAGGACAACCACAACAACGCACCCCCCGAGUUGAAGCGCGUCGUCGACUUCCUCCGCAACAAGUCGGGCAUCAAAGUCCGCACGGGCGCAUUGGGCGGAAAGCGCGUCGACUACUUCAAGGGCAAAUCCGCCAUCAAAGCACUCCUCUCCCCUCAAUACGCCAAGCUCGCCUCGGUCCCAAAAGUCGACUCGACGGAAUCCGCAACCGCGCUCCUGCACUCUCUCAUCCCACACACCUUCUUCCUCCGCAUCGCGCGCGGUCCCUCAAUCUCGUCAGGCGUCAAGGCAGUCCAAAUAGUCCCCCAACAGCUCUUCGCGCCCGAAGAUUACUACGUCUGGCUCGUCGACCCCAACCCCGUCCGCCAGCUCCUCCUCGCAGUGGGAAUGGUCGCCGUCGUCCUCGCGGGCGUCAUGUUCCCCCUCUGGCCCGUCAAGAUGCGCAUCGGGGUGUGGUACCUCUCCGUCGCUGUCCUCGGACUCAUCGCGGCCUUCUUUGGUCUCGCCAUCGUCCGACUCGUCGUGUGGCUCGUCACAAAGGUCGUCGCCCGACCCGGGAUCUGGAUCUUCCCCAACUUGUUCGCAGACGUCGGAUUCGUCGACUCCUUCAUCCCCGCCUGGAGCUGGGACGUCCCCCCGCCCAAAAAGUCUCGCUCCAAGAAAUCCUCCUCCUCACCUACUUCGCCCGAAAAAGGUCACAAGAAGAAACGUCGCGUGAAGGGGCUGAACGCGGACGCCGAGGAGUUGGUCGAGGAGUCGACGGAGGGUGCGGCGCCUGAGGAGGGGGGAGCGAGGAUCGAGGAGAUCCUGGAUGAGGAGGAGGAGUAG